CGAGAAUUUUUUUAGGAAAUUUUUUUUUUAUCAAAAGUUUAUCAUCAUUUAAAAUUAAUUACCACAAUUAAUUCAUUCGUUACAAAAUACAAAUUUCAGAUUUUCUCGGAUCAUUUUUAAUUGAAACAAAUCAGUAGUUACUAGUUAGAGAUCAAAAUAAUCCAUGUUGAUCGUGUGAAGAUCUGGAAUGUGAAAUUUUGUUGUUUCUCGAGCAAACUCGAAAGUUGCGAAUUCGUCGUUGAAUUUAUGAAAUUUGUACGAUUUGUACGAUAGCUUGAUUCAAUAACCGCAAUGUCGACUAACCACGGAUCGAAUUUGGGCAACCACACGAAUGAUAAUUCGUUGUCGAAAAGAGGAAGUUUUUCAAAAAUGAAAAAAAGGAAGAAGAGCGCUAAUCGCGAUCAAACUGCUCCGCGGCAACCGUUAUCGGGUUACGUUCGUUUUAUGAAUGAUCGUCGAGAAACAGUCCGUUCGGAAAAUCCGAGUAUAUCUUUCACAGAAAUAACUCGUCUUUUGGCCAACGAGUGGAAUCAAUUACCUCAAGAUCAAAAACAGAUGUAUUUAGAUGCCGCCGAACAAGAGCGUGAAAAAUAUAUGCAAGAAAUGGCCGCUUAUAAACAAACGGAUGCUUACAAACAAUUCAACGAGCAUAAGCAGAAGAAAAAAGCUAAAACAAAUUCGACUGAAGAGGAUAAUGAUAAAGAAGUAGACGUUCCGAUAUUCGAUAUUCCCAUAUUUACGGAAGAAUUUUUGGAAUACAACAAAAACAGAGAAGCCGAAUUACGACAAUUACGUAAAAGUAAUACGGAUCUAGAGCAACAAAAUGCAAUUUUAGAAAAACAUUUGGAGAACAUGAAGCAAGCUGUCGAUAAACUGCAAAUUGAAACUUUGCAACGUAAAACUUCCAAUAAUCUUCUGCAACAGCAUUUGCAAAAAAUGAAAGCCGCGUUUAUCGAAAAGUUUUCCAACAUUCCUUUGCCAGGUACUCACGAAACGCCUUCUGCUGUGAACAUUGACCAAUACAUUUCAAAACUGCACGGUAUUCUACAAGAAAAUAGCGAAACUCCUCUGUACAAUAAAGUCAAACAUACUGUUUGUAGUAUGGAUUUCGCUUUCUAAUCAGCGUUUUCGAAUGUUUGACCGAAGAUUCAUUCAGUUUGUACGUUUUCUUUGGCGUGUAAUAAUUUAAGUAAAUUAAUGUACAUAUAAGACGGUUUUUGUAUUAUAAACUUGUAUUCAACGA